GUGCAAACAUUUCAUAUCUUUUGGUGUGAGGACAAAGGCUAGCAGUGCUCUCUGAAAUCACCAAAAACUUUAGGUUUUUGUGUGAAAAGUUGUAAUGGGUUUCAGAGCAGCUGGUUUAUUAGGGUUUGUGCUCCUCAUUUCAAGAGGAACCUUUUGCUUUGCAGCUCAAAACCGGUUGAUCUCUGGCGCCAAUGAGACCCUCGACUUAACCCCAAGAGAGCAAGCGGCAAGCUCGCAGCAAGCAAAGCAUCUUUAUCCUGUCGGCUUUCGGCUCAAGACCUACCAGCUCAGAAACCCGACCGCACCGCCUGACGAACAAAGCCUGCCCCAGUCUGGUGAGGAGCAGACGCAAACUUCUACAAACCUGCAAGAGGCUGAGGCCAGGCAGCUCCCGGAGCAGAGGAAAACUGUCCAAGCUGGAGAGCUGAUAUCAGUCCAAGCUCCAAGGACCUUCAGUCCCGACUCUGGCAGAAACGCAUCCAAGGUUGUGGCAAAGCCCCAGCAGCCUGUGCCUGCGCCAGCAGAGAGUGUUUCGGUGCGCUGCAGUGAAGAAAAGGUCACUGUGGCGGUCAAAAACAACUUUCUAGGUAACGGUCAGCUGAUCCAUCCAGAUGAUCUGACCUUAGGAGGCUGCAUGGCUGUUGACGCUGUGGACCACAUCCUGCUGUUUGAGACAGAGUUACAGGGCUGCGGCGGCACAGUGACCAUGACAGAAGUGGCUCUUAUCUACACAUAUCCCCUGAUGUACUCUCCAACGCCCAUUGGUAACACUUCCAUUAUAAAGACCAACCCGGCUGAUGUGGCCGUUCAGUGCCACUUUCAAAGGAGGCAAUACGUGAGCAGCAGCGCCAUGAGGCCUUUGUGGAAGAUGUUUUCUGUUGAGAUGCAAGCAGAACAGCAGCUUCACUUCUCGCUGCGUCUCAUGGCAGACGACUGGCAGUCGCAGAGGCCUUCCAACGUCUACACCGUGAGAGACAUGAUGUACGUGGAGGCGGCGGUGCUCCAGGGCUUCCACGUUCCUCUGAGGGUCUUUGUGGACAGCUGCGUGGUCACGGUGGACCCCGACCCAAGCUCGCAGCCCAGAUAUCCCUUCAUCGACAACCACGGGUGUUUGACUGAUGCUAAGCUGACAGGAGCCCAGUCUUACUUCAUGCCGAGGAGCGAAGAGGAUAAACUUCAUUUCCAGCUGAAAGCCUUCAAGUUCAAACAAGAUGACAGCGGCUUGUUCUACGUCACAUGUCGCAUGAAAGCUACCACAGUCGACGUUGCCAUCGACUCGCAGCACAAGGCGUGCUCUUUCCUGCCUGAAGCCGGAAGAUGGGUGGCAUCAGGUGGAGACAACAAGGUGUGUAGCUGCUGUGAGACCAGCUGCGGUGGGCAGAGAUGGAGAAGGGGCCUUGCAGCAGAUGCUGCUCUGGAGUGGAAGGGGGUGGCGGUUCUGGGUCCCAUCCUGCUAAAGGACAGCGAUCCACAAGAGGAGCUUCCUCCUGCACCAGUUCCUCAGCUGCAGACACGAGACGAAGCUCUGACUGCCUCAUAUUCAUCCACAGCCCUGCUGUGUGGAGCAGGUGUUGUUCUGGCCGGGGUGAUAGUCUUCAUGAGCACUUUAGUCUGCAGCGGACACCCUAAACCCACCGGGCAUUUUGUUUCUACCUGACUUAGGCCAAUAAAACAUUUAUAACCC